AAUCCCACAGCUUUAAUUCUCAAAAAUAAAAGUAGAUAUAUUUGAAAAGAGAGGAUGGUGGUGGCUUAAAAUCUUUUGUUUGCCAAAUCAUUUGGUGGUCUACUAUUAUCGAUACAAUAAAAGGAUAAUAGCAAGAAGGCUUGACCAUUGAGAAGAUUCAGGAGCUAUGUGCUGAAAGGAAUAAGCUCAAUAAGGAGGUUGAUGAUUUGAGAAAGGAAACUCCAAACUCCAAAGUCCUUUUGGAGGAAAGAUCUUGAUGCUCUGGAGGGGCAACUCGAUGAGCUUGAGAAAAGUGAUGCUUAGUCAGAGGAGUUAAGAAAGAAAAUGAGAGGCAAAGCAAGGGGUGAAGCUGCUAUGAAGUCUACUAGACAAGCACCCAGGAACCCAAGGAAGAACAAUAAUAAGAAGGCAAAUACUGCAGAAUCUGUUGCAGAAGCUGUCUCAUCAUCUAUGGCUGCAAUGGAAAUUGAGAAAGCUCCUGAGGCAGCAAAACCCAAAGGCAGAGAAGUCUCUAGGAAAGCUCCUGCUAAGCCGAAAAAGCAAACUUUAGUCUUGAAUGAUGAUGAUGACGACGACGACGAUGUGCUUGAGCUUAAAGAACGACUUGUUGCCUAUAACGUCGACUCAUCUCCUGAUCAAUCAGCCGGUAAAUGCUAUAUUAUUAUAUUUCAUUAGACUAUUUAUUAUGAUCUUUACACAACUCAGCUGUAAUGUAAGAAAAAUUACAGUGGAUGAUAUGGGGAUAUUGUUUGCAAACCGGAUAAUAUAUG